AUGGCCACGCUGCGGCAGGUUGCGCUGAAGCACUUCUCUCAGCAACAGAGGCGUCCUGACUACGAGCACGAGCUGGAGGAGCGGAAGUGGGAGUACCUCAAGCGGAGGCGCGGCCUGCUGGAGCAGGCCAAGGCGGCUGACCUCGAGCAGGCGCGGCGCGACCCGAUGCAGACCGAGAUGCGCAGCCUGGAUGACGCCAUCCGCAGCUACACGCGCGCCCUGCAUUCGCUCCGCAGGCGGCGCAACCGAGAGCGGCAGCUGCACCAGGAGAUAGAGCUCAGACAGGCGUGGCGGGCCCGCGACAUGCACGCGGUCCCACGGCUGGCGAGGACGUUGGCGCGCACAGGCAUAGGGGUCAAGAACCGCAACUACCGUGCGCACGCGUCCUGCAACCCCACGGGCGACGAGUGGAUCGAGUACUUGGCCCAGCCUGCGCUGGCAGGAGGACUCGCGGGCCGCCCUGUGACUGUCCCCGUCUGCCACAAUCUCACCGACGCCCACUUCCAGGCGCUCAGGGAUACCGACGAGUACGCUCACCCUGACAACUACGAGGUGUCCCAGGCGACGCUGAAGAAGGCGCAGCAGGACUUCGGGAUGACCCUGAAGGCGCUGCGACGCACGAAGAUUGGAAAGUUUGCCCCUUCGUGGUCCUGCCCGUCGGAGAUUUUCAAGAUGCUGGUCGCCCCAGCAUGGAUCAGCGCCCCCGCCAACUAUGUGAAGCAAACGGCGGGCUUGGGGUCCCGCCCAGCCGCCAUCUUCGAGGAGAAUCCCCAGGGGCCCGACCCGUACGCGCGGGACCAGCUGCCCCACCUUGAGCAGUACGGCGAGCCCCGCCGUCGCUUGUUCCGCCUCGUCCUCCACGCACGCCGUGUGCGGCAGCUGCCGCAGCAGGCGUCCAUGUCGUUCGGCCUCGCCCCCGACAAGAAGAAUGGCAAGCCAGGCCCAGGCGGCCGACGCUUGGUCCACUGCAUGUGCAGCUGGUGGCGUGCAGUCGUUCGUGGAGGUCUCCUGCGAGGAGGUGCCUUUCGCCCUCCCGAAUGGGCCUUCGCGGCUCGCGCCCGCCGGCGCGAACACUUGAUGCUGGCCACCCGAAUCGUGGCGUGGAAGGGCCACCAAGCUGGGCAACCCAUGCUGCACAAGAGCUUCGAUGCGACCAAUGCAUUCGGCUGCGGCGACAAGGACCAGAUCGAGCAUGGCGUCCGCCUCCGACUGGAGACGGCCGCCGAGGAGGUCGAGGAGGAUGACGUGGACUACGUGACGACGAUCUCCAGGCUCAGGCGCCAGUCGCUGACGGUGGUCAUCUCGGGUUCGGACCACGAGGUGGCGAUCGCCAGCGGCUCGGGGGGCUUCAUGGGCGACACCUCCGAGCCCGAACUCUUCAUGAGCAACUACCACAUCGCGGUCCAGAAGUGGGCCCUCGUGGACCAGGCGGCCACUGGCGAGGCGAUGAUGAUCAACUUCGAUGACCGCCUGCCCACGAUUGACGCGAGCCUGGGGUGCUUCAUGGAUGACAUCUUCAAAACGCAGCUCGUCCCGCCCACCGCGCGCACGGCCCUGGAGGUUGAGCGGUGCUCCCAGCGGAACGAUGCAGGUCUCGACGCUGCGCUUGCUGCGCGGCAGUACGGCCAGAACCGAGCGAAGCAGGACGUAGUUGUCUCGUUGGGUUCGCGGCAGCUGGUCCGCCAGACCAUACAGGCCCUGGCCAGGAGUGGGUGCCGCAGCGGCUACGAGCUCAAGCACCUGGGGGGCUGGUUCAACGCGGGCUGGAUGAUGGUGCAGGGCUUCUGGUACUCCUCCGCCCCCAAGCGCGUCAAGCGCCUCAUGUUCAUCAGCCUGGUGUCGGGGGCGGCCUUGUCGGGCACCACGGCCUACUGCUGGACCGACUCGGAGGCUCGCCAAAUUUGCAGUUCUUUGUCACGCAAGUUGGGGUCGAUGAUGGGGGGAACGUCUCACAUGCAUAACGAUCACGUGAAGGUGAUGACUACUAGAGAAGUCUACAGGUUCUGGAGCCUCGUCCCGUUCAGCCUGGAGGCGCUGGUCCAGCGCCUCCGCAUGUGGCAGGCUAUUGUGCGCAGCCCUCGACAACAUAGCCACGUCCUGGGCGUCUUCUUCGGGGAAAUGAAGUGGGAGCUGACUAGUGAGUACAGAUGCCCACCGACGCUAGUGGAAUCUGGGCAGUUCAAUUCUGAUGCUGUUAUUCAUCCUUGGGCGCGUCAGCUGCGACGCGAUCUCGAGGCCCUCUGCGACCACCCAGAGGCGGAGUACUUUUCGCUGGUCUGGGAGAGCCGCUCGCUGAGGGACCUGCUGUGGGACGAGGAGGUGAACGGCCUCUGUGUCUCCCUUGACGUAAGGAGGGCCGUUCUAUUUCGAUUGUACAACCUCGACCAGCCCCAGUUGACCCGAGGCCGAGACGCCGUGAUCUGCCUCCGCGGGAGGCUCGCCUGCGGGGCUCUGACUUGCGCACAGCGGCCCGCCUGUUCGUCCCCGCUGCCGCUGGAGGUGCGACUGCCCGCGCUGCACCCGUUCCUGCAGGUGGUGCAACUGCUCGUGAUGGAGGUCGAGAAGAAGGGCCGCUGGCGCCCGCAGGUGGCGGCCUCCUCGGCCAGCUCGCGGACUGGUGGAGCGCAGUCCAAGCCCGCCGACAGCGACAGUCGCAAGAGCCAGAAGGACAGCAAGGGCACCAGGCUGGCGCGGGGCGAUGCGGGCUUGGAGGGCGCCGCAGUGAAGCCGAAGACACGUCGUGGCGGACGGCGCCGCGCGGAGGCCAAGGAGCGCAAGCUCACGACGAAGGACGCAGGCCUCAAGGACCUCCUCCUGCACCUCUCCAUGCUGGUGUCGCAGCUGGCGCAGAGGUCUCGAGCGAUGUGGGGCAUCACCACGCGCACAGCGAUCCUGGAGGACAAGUCGCCAGUGAUCAAGGCGAUGCAGCAGGAGGGCCAGGACUUCGCGCAGGUGGCGAACCAGAAGCGCGCGGAGGUCAGCAGGCUGAAGGACCAGGCCAAGGCGGCGAAGGACACGGACGGAGCAGCGGCCCGCCAGUUCGACCAGGAGGCCGACAGGAUGAUGGAGGGACUCCGCGGCCUGGGCCCUCCAGCGCCCGCGGUCUUCUGCGCCAUGAUCGAGGCGCUGGCGAACGAGGAGAUCGGCAAGAGGCUCAAAGACGUCCUGGUCGCACUACUGGCCGAGAUGGAGGAGGCGCCUCCCACCUACGUUCGCCUGUGCCGCCUGGAGAGCUGCAAACAGCCCGACAUGCUGAAGGUGGUGUUCGCGCUGGACCGUGUGGACCUCGAGGUGCAGGUGAUGGAAGCGUUCCGCUCGAUGGGAGUAGUGACGACGGUGGGCGCAGCGCCGAGUGGGUACCUCGAGGACGAGAUCUCGGCCUGGAUCGAUGUGCUGAAGGACGCCUGA